AUGAAAGACAGAUGUUACAAAAAUGCCCUUACCAACUACGUAACUCUUUCGAUUGACGAAUUAACCAAAUCAGCCGUAAAAAAUCGCCUUAAUCCACCACGGCCACAAAAUAGCUGGGUAAUUUUCCGACGAGAUUAUGAAGCACAUUUACGUUUAUGUAAUCAAAAUGUCAAAUCAAAAGUUAAAGAAACAGCAAAGGAAUACAAUACGUUUAGUACAAUAGCUUCCAAUUCACCUCAAGGUCCAAUGCAAAUCGAUGAGUCGCCAUCUUUAACUUCCGAUUCACCUCAAGAACUAACGCAAAUCAACGGGCCGCCAUCUCUGACUUCCAAUUUACUUCAAGAACUAAUACAAAUCGACGGGUCGCCAUUUAUAAUAGUCAAGACUAUACGACAGCCAUCUAUAAUCAUCAAGACUAUAUUAAUAACUUUACAACAACCAUUUAUUAUCAACAAGACUACACGACAGUCAUCUAUAAUCAACAAGACUAUACGACAGCCACCUAUAAUCAAUAAGACAUCACUAAUGAUUUAA